AUGGGAAUUUAUGUCACCAAUUACCGCUUAAGGAUGAAUGCAAUUGUUGCUAUCGCUUGUUAUUCUAGAUAUAAUCAAGAAUAUUCAGUUAUUAUGAAUCAAUCUUCCAUAGACCGUGGGUUCUUCCGAUCACUAUUUUUCCGCUCUUACAGAGAUGAGGAAAAGAAGAUGGGUACACUUGUUAAAGAGGAAUUUGGUCGUCCAAAUAGGGAAAAUACUAUGGGAAUGCGCCAUGGGUCAUAUGAUAAACUAGAUGAUGAUGGCCUUGCACCACCUGGAACAAGGGUCUCGGGGGAAGAUGCCAUUAUUGGGAAGACAUCUCCUAUUCCACAGGAUGACGCUCAAGGGCAAGCUUCUAGAUACUCGAAGCGUGACCAUAGUACUUCUCUACGUCACAGUGAAAGCGGCAUGGUAGAUCAGGUUCUGUUAACAACAAAUGCGGAUGGUCUAAGAUUUGUCAAGGUUAGGAUGCGAUCUGUUCGCAUACCACAAAUUGGAGACAAGUUUAGCAGUAGGCAUGGCCAAAAAGAAACUGUUGGGAUGACUUACACUCAAGAGGAUAUGUCAUGGACAAUCGAAGGCAUCACGCCCGAUAUUAUUGUGAAUCCACAUGCUAUUCCAUCCCGUAUGACUAUUGGGCAGCUCAUUGAGUUUGUUGUCUUGCGGGUCUUGCGGGUUUUGCAUACACGUUUGUUGUGUCCGCGGAAUACUUGUCCGCAAGAUUCGCAGCUUUGUGGCAAGCCGCAAGCCCGCUAA